AUGAAGGAGGAGUUUUGGACCAAUACCAUCAGGUCCAUCUCUAAAGCUUACGAGAAGACAGGCCAGGAAAUUCUCUUACACAUUCCUGACCCGGGAGGACAAGCUAUAGAAAUGAGAAUCGAUCAUGCGCCCAACACCGAGCGCGGAAGCAUCGAGAACAGAGUGAACAAGGACGGUAUUGUGGCUGUCAAUGUGUAUGCGUCACGGUCUACACCCGUGAUACCCAACUUCUCAUCCUUGCAAGUUACGGUCCAUGGACAUGUUUAUUUUCUUUUUGCUCAUGCCGAAUCCAUUCUAAUGCAAGCCAUGUCCGAUCAAGAAGCAGUUGAUAUUGCGAAAAAGACCAAGGAUGAAGGAUCCAUAGAGAGUGGCAUAAUAGUUAGCGAACAAGGCACUGAACUGAGUAAGGACUGA